CCUCGGUGACGUCAAUACGGUUGACUGAGGCGACUCCGAUAACAGCAGCGAAGCAGCCAUUUUUCACUUAGAAUUAACAAAAUCUCGCCCCAAUCGGUUCGUGCACCUAAUCUCACCCCGCAAACAGUUCUCGUUUAGUCAGCAAUGAAUCCAGAAUAUGACUAUUUGUUUAAACUCCUGCUCAUUGGCGACAGUGGUGUUGGGAAGUCGUGUCUCCUACUUAGGUUUGCCGACGAUUCCUACACCGAGUCUUACAUAAGCACAAUUGGAGUUGACUUUAAAAUAAGAACCAUAGAGUUGGACGGCAAGUCCAUCAAACUGCAGAUCUGGGACACGGCCGGCCAAGAACGUUUCCGCACCAUUACGUCAAGUUAUUACCGUGGCGCACAUGGAAUCAUUGUUGUCUACGACUGCACUGACCAGGAGUCUUUCAACAAUGUCAAGCAGUGGCUUGAAGAAAUUGAUCGUUAUGCUUGCGAUAAUGUCAACAAACUGCUCGUGGGCAACAAAUUUGACCUGACGACCAAGAAAGUGGUCGACUACACCACAGCCAAGGAGUAUGCAGAUCAACUAGGCAUUCCGUUUUUGGAAACAUCGGCAAAGAACGCAACCAACGUGGAGCAGGCUUUCAUGACGAUGGCUGCUGAAAUCAAAAACCGAGUCGGGCCUCCCUCUUCUGCAGCAGACACAGCGAACAAGGUUAAAAUCGACCAGGGCAGGCCUAUUGAGAGCAGCAAAUCUGGCUGCUGCUGAAGUCCAUAAAGAGGGAAGGAGGCUACUGCAAGCGAUGCCAGACCAAAUUAGCUGCUGUUGCUUCUCCUGUAUUGCAAAAAGUGGCCGAGUGGGACUGUGAUUAUAGAACUGUUAUUCGUGUCUGCCUCCGACCGACCGUCACAUUCAAACAACCUCCAACUUACCACCACAACCACCUCCACUCGAGCCCCUUCCAGCCACCCCCGUUAUCUCCACGGGGCUGCCUGUUUGGGGCGUCUGUCCGUUUAGUGUAUCGCUUGUUGGGACUCUUCAGGAAACAGUAAAUUGGAAAAUUUGUCGCAUUGGAUCUUUUUACGACACCCCCCUUUAAAAUUGCAAUGUGUGUAUAAAUUUAUGAAUAAUAUGUCACUGAUUAGUAAUACGACAUAGUAAGGCGCAUUAUUAAUAAUUUAAAAGAAUUUCUCUCCUCCUUUCUGUUGUCCAUUCAAAUUUCUAUUAUUUGAAGAAAAAAAAUAAAUUUUCCGCACGCUUUCAUAAGGUGCUAAUUACUCUCCUCAUUCGGACUUGUUUUUUAGCUACCACCCGUCAUUCCAUUCAUAUUUAAGAAAUUUAUUAUGGUUAUCAUGCAUAUUUUGUAGUUUGUUACUCCGCAAUAAAUGUUCACAUAAAAUGGAGCAGCUGA